CUAAAUAUGUUCAUGAUUCAUACUUCCUUGUUGUCAGCCCUGAUUCAUAUGAUCAUGGUUGACCGAUUGGUAAAUAGCGAGGCUAAUGCCAGGCGUAUUGCUAUGGUGGAAUACUGCUUUGGCAGUUCUGGCCAGCCACUUGCAGUACCUGGAAGAGUUUUAGUCGGAGAAGGUGUAUUAACAAAAAUGUGUAGAAAAAAGCCCAAACCAAGACAGUUUUUUUUAUUUAAUGAUAUAUUGGUCUAUGGAAAUAUUGUAUUAAAUAAGAAAAAGUACAACAAACAACAUAUUAUACCACUUGAAGAAGUUAAGCUUGAGUCUCUGGCUGAUGAUGGUCAAUAUCGCAAUGGCUGGCUCAUAAAAACAGUAACAAAGUCAUUUGCUGUUUAUGCUGCCACUGCAACAGAGAAACAGGAAUGGAUGGCUCAUAUUACAAAAUGCAUUGAAGACUUGUUGAGGAAAAGUGGCAAGAAACCAGUUGAAGUUCAUGCAGCUGUUUGGGUUCCAGAUAAUGAAGCUACAAUUUGUAUGCAUUGUAAUAAAACACAAUUUACAGUUUUAAAUAGACGGCAUCAUUGUAGGCAAUGUGGAGCUGUUGUAUGCGGACCUUGUAGCAAUAAGAAAUUAUUAUUGCCUGGACAAGGAAAUGGAAAAGCAGUUAGAGUUUGUUUACAAUGUUAUGAUGCAGCCAGUAAAGUAAAAGCAUCAUCAUCUUCUACUGUUGAUAAUUUAAAUAAUAAAGAUCAACAACGUAAUUCUGCAGAUAGUUCAGGAGGUGAUAGUUCUGGUGAUGAUGACGAUGGAAAUAAAGAAGAAAAUCACGAUCAUGAGCCUAAAUUUUACUCUACACUUGCCCGAUGAAGUUCACUACAUUAUACUACACUGAACAGCGAUAUAAACAGGA